AUGACAUCUGAAAAGAAUCGACUGGUCAAUUAUGUUGAAUUUAAGCAACCUUGUAAAGUGAAUAUUGGCGAUGAUCGCACUAUAUUUGCAUUUGGUAAAGGAACUUAUAAUCUUGUAGCCGAUUUGGGUAACGGACGUACCCAAAACAUUGCUCUCAAGAAAAUUCUGUACUUACCUGAUCUGAAGAAGGAUCUGUUAUCUGUCCAAGUAAUGGGAAAGUUAGGUGCAUUAAUUCAAUUUGAUGGUGUCCAAUGCAAGAUAGAGAGAAAUUCAAAUCUGCUAGCUACUGGUGAGCUGCAUGGUAAGCUGUACAUGCUGAUGAUUAUUCCUGGAGUGGAGUAUAUCAAUGUUGCGAGAGGAGCACCAAAUAAGAAUUUGUGGCAUUGUCGAUUUGGACAUUUAGGAAUGAACGGUAUUUCUAAAUUGAUCAAUGAGAACAUGGCUGAAGGAAUGAACUGUUCUGACCAUGGUAAAGAAUCAUCAUUAUGUGAAUCAUGCGUGAUGGGAAAGCAACACCGCACACCAUUCCCAAAAGAUACCCGACACCGAGCAAGUGAACUGUUUGAAAUCAUUCAUACAGAUGUCCGUGGUCCUAUGCAUGUAAAAUCAUUUGGGAUUUCAAAAUACUUUGUUACAUUUAUCGAUGACUAUUCCAAGUAUACACAGGUGUAUUUUCUUAAGAGUAAAGAUGAAGUCCUUGAGAAAUUUAAAGAGUUUGUGAGCUACGUUAAUACUCUUGGAAAGAAGGUGAAAGUUCUACGAUCGGACAAUGGCGGCGGGUAUUGCUCCAAAGCGUUCAAGGAUUACUUGAAAGAACAUGGAAUCCUACAUCAAACAACAGUUCCGAACAACCCUGAACAGAACGGUACCACAGAACGCAUGAACCGUACUCCACUAGGAGCUGCUCGUUCGAUGAUGUAUCAAGCUAGUAUGCCUAAAGAAUUCUGGGCUGAAGCGGUGAACACUGCAACGUAUACACGAAACCGAAGUCCUAUUAAUUCUUUGAACAAUGCUACACCAUUCGAAUGCCUAUUUAAUCGCAAACCAGAUGUAUCCAAUUUAAAGGUAUUUGGCUGUGUGGCAUAA